CGGGGCCAGGCCUGCUCCCCAGAAGAGGCCGCCCGUCGCCCGGCCUUGAAGUCCUGGGCCCAGCAAGGGAGCCGCUGCCUCCGUUUUCCUGGCACCCGGCCUGGAGGGGAGGCCUACUCCAGGCCCCGGCAGGGAGGCCUGCCUGGUCUGCUGGCUGCGUGUGGGGCUGGACCAGGCCGGCGGCACCAUCGGCUCCCUCCUCCUUGGCUGGCGCAGCAGGCAGGCCGCUUGGAGCAGCAGCAGCAGCAGCAGCAGCAUGAGUUCUGGGAGGCGAGGAGGAGGGGGGGCUGCCAGCCCAGGCCCCCCCGCUGCUUGCUCCUGGCAGCCCCCGCGCAUCCUGGUGGUGGACAUCCGCCCCCCGCAUUGGGCCCACCUCUGCCCCAAUCUCUGCCAAGCCCUGGAGAACGUCUUCUCUCUGGCCUGCAGCCUGGCGGGCCCUCCCCGCCUCUCCCAGCUCAGCCUCUACGUGGCGGCCCAGGGCCGGCAGGAGUGCCUCUUGCCCUUGGUGCCGGUGAGAGGGAGCUUUGCCCGACUCCAGAGCUGCCUUGCUGAGCUCCGCGCCUGGCCAGUGGAGGGGGCGUUCCGGCCCAGGGAGGACCUGGUGGCCCGUGCCGUGCAGGAUGGCCUCCAGCAGUUCAAGCAGCACCCCGGGCGGGGCGGGGCGGGGGCCUGCCUGAGCAGCUGCUCCAUGGAGAUCACGGUCCUGACCAGCCAGCCUGGCACGGAGAUGGUCAAGCAGCUGGAGGCCGGGCUGCGGGGUGUGGAUCUGGUCAGCCUCCGGCAAUUGCAAGUGGUUGAGAUCUCCAGCGGGGAGUGCCGGGAGCCGCCAGAGGAAGCCGAGUGGAGCAUCCGGGCUGGAGAGGGUGAGGGAGCCGCCGCCACCGCCAGCAGCAGCAGCAGCAGCCGCCAUGAGACCUCCGUGGGCCUGGACACAGACGUGGACCUCCAGAGCGUGGAGAAUGACCUGGUGGCCUUGGAGACCUUCUUCAAAGGCUGGUUCCAUGACCAUGGCCUGGAUCAGGAGCACCUCCACCUCCUCCUGCCUGCUGCAGCCAAGGCCAGCCUGGCCUGCAUGAAGUGCGACAUCCAGGAGCGGCUGCUCAGCCCGGCUCUACUCCCGGCGGCCUGCAGGGACAGCACAGCAAGAGCCGGGGAGGCGGCCGGUCCUUUCUGGAUGGCCGCUGGACACGGCUGGACCCCCCCGCGCAGGCUCCGAGUCCUCAGGGCGCUGAAGGCGGAAGGGCUGUGCCAGUCUCUGCUCUGGGGGCUGCCUCUCCUCAUCCGGCCCACAGGCUGCUGGCGGCUGGACUGGGAGGAACUGGAGGCCAACCAGCAGCGCUUCCAGGCGCUCUGCCACUGCCUGCGGAAGCGGGAGUGGCUCCUUCUGGCCAAGUAUGAGGCGGAGGGCCCCGUGGCCAGCCCCUUCCAGGUCCUCAUGCCCGCCGCCGCCGCCGCCGCCGCCGCCGCCUCGGCAACGCUGCUGCUCCGCUCGGUGGCGGCCCCAGAGCUCCUGCUGCCCUGCAGCUUCCCUCUCCUCCCGGCGGAGCCUCCGGAGGCGGCGCUGGAGGCCAUGGAGGGCCUCCUGAGUGGCCUCGCCGUGGAGCCGGCCUACAACCCGCUGAGGGCCACAAGCCGCCUGUACCGAGCUCUGCGGAGCAGCCUGUGCCGCCCCCUCGGCCCCUCCCGGGCCCAGCGCUUGGCAGAGCGCCCCCUGCCCCGCCAGCAAUCCAGCAGGCAGCUCCCCAGCAAGGCCCGGGCCGCCGUGGCCCCCCUGCAGAUGGCUGCCCCUGCUGCCCGCCCCGGCGGCCGCUCCCGUUUCUCCAGCAAGGAAGAGGCGGAGGCGGAGGCGGCGCUGGACUCUGCGUAGAAGACGACGCUGCUCCACGGGGCACGGGGUGCGGGCCACGGACAGAGCCCCCCCUUGCCGGCGCCCGGCCCGCCCCCGCCAGAAGGCGCAGCUCGAGCCCUCCUGCUGCUGCUGCUGCUGCUGCUGCCAGGGCGGGGGGGGGGCUGCAGCAGCCACAGGAACCUCUGCUGGAGCCCCCUCCACCCCCCUCCCCACCCCCACCCGGGGCCCCAGCGGCUCCAAACAGGCCCUUCCAGGCAGGGAGCCGAAGCCGCUGGGCCAGCUCCAGCAAAGGGCUCUGCGCGGCUUUGGCCCUCCUGCUCAGGCCGCAGCUCGCAUCACUCCCCCCCCCCGCCGCAGUGGCCAAGGGAGGCCUGGCCCGCCAGACCCCCAAGUUGGGGUGCCCUGAGCUAGCCCCACACAGAGCCACUUCCUCAGGAGCCUUCUGGAGGGGGCGGGGCGGGGCGGGGGUCUUGCUUGUUUAAGCCUCAGCCCCUCCAAUAAACACCGUCGCAGCCGA